AUAGCACUUUCAUAUUUCCAGGUUAUGAAAAUGACCGAGGGACUACGAUUGCAGAUAUACAUUGUAGAGAAAAUGCUGGCGAGUAUGCAAUUUCUUCAAACCGUUAGGAAUGCCCUUUCAGCAUGCAGAAAUACUCUGAAUACUGGAGUAAAACAUGUAGCCAUUCUUGAUUUUCAAAGUCGUCAUAUGCAAUCUUUAUCAUCGAGUUUAAUGGGAUUUCAAAGAAGAAACAACAGUUUUUAUGUUGGGCAGAACAAUUUACUGACUGUACCAUUCACUACUUCUUUAAACCAGGUGCGAUUUCUAAAACAACCACAAAAUCCAAGGAAGAAACUAAGAUAUCCAUACUACAAAUAUAAAUUUAGUGGCUGGAAAAGAAUUCACAAGUUUGGACUUGAAGCAAGGCUGUCCAGUAUUUCACAGAAAGAAAUUCUAUGGAGAAGAAUAAUCAAAGGAAGAUCAACUCUUACAGUCUGUGAUCGACUGUUUGAUCAUAGUAAUCGGGCAGUCCCAAACAGACUAAAGGGCAACUUGAUGAAAGUGGGAAAGAAGAAUAACUAUCCACUGUAUUCUUAUAAACCUCCUGUGUACAAAUUUAGAGAUUAAAUAAAAUGUAAUGAUCA